AUGGGCGCCAGCACCAGCAGGGCGGAGGAGUGGCAGGCGGCCAGCGCCGACACGCCGCGCCGCAUCAGCAAGAGCGGGUACGACAUCACGCCGCUGACCCCCGAGCAGCGCGAGGCGGCGGCGGCGCCGCUCACCGACUUCCAGCGUGCUGUCACCCUCAAGGCACGUGGGCGGCCUGGGCUGCGGGGCCGCCCAUGCGCGCCGCAUGCGCAGGGCGUGUACGUGUCUGCGGUGGGGCGCCUGCCGCUGUUCAGCUCCGAGGCCAAGUACGACAGCGGCCCCGGCUGGCCCUCCUUUUUCGCCCCCAUUGACCCCGAACACGUGGGGGGAGAUCAAGACACCUCCAUCCCCUUCAUGCCGCGGGUGGAGGUGGUGGAUGCGCGCAGCGGCGCCCACCUGGGCCACGUGUUUGACGACGGCCCGCGCCCCACCGGCAAGCGGUACUGCAUGAAUGCGGCGGCGCUGCGCUUCAUCCCCGAGGGAGAGCCAAUGCCUGAGGAGUCGCAGCCGGUGAAGCAGUAG